AUGGAAAUUACUUUUGUUCAAGGUAAUAAUUGGCCAAAAGCUGAUGUAAUUCAAUGGUGUGAUCCUUAUGUUAUAAUGAAGUAUACAGAAGAAGGUUCCCCAAAGGUUUUUAAAACUUCAGUUCAAAAGAAUACUUCUGAACCUAAAUGGGACCAAUCAAUAGAAGUAAAAGAAUUGUCAGGAGAAUUAGUUUUUGAAUGUUGGGAUUGGGAUAGAAUGAAUUCUGAUGACUUACUUGGAACAGUAAAAGUACCAAUUCCUGAUUUUCAAGAACCAGAAAAGACAGUAACUCUUGUUGUUGUUCUUGAUGAGUCUUAUAAGAAGAAGAGAAAAAAUAAUAAUAUGGAAACUACUAUUACUAUCACAUUUAAACAUUCUAAUGUAAAAACUCCUACUAAAGUUAAUAGUUUACAAGAAACUCUUAAACAAGAAGAAGAAAAGAAAAGAAUUUAUUUAAAGGAUUAUAUCCCAGUAUUAAAAAAUUUUACUGGUAAAACUGAUUUUUCUUUACUUUUCUCUUCAGAUAUCUUCUCAAUAGAUCCAGAAGUAUUACAUACUAAGAUUUAUGGUAAAAGAAAUUUAAUGUUACUUAUUAUUACUGAAAAUGGAUGUUCAUUCGGUUCAUUUAAUGAACAAUCAAUAUUAGGUGAUGCUGAAGGUAAUGAUGAUAUAUCAAAAGAUGAUAAUGGAUGUAUUUUUUCUAUUGUUGGACCAAUGUCUGAUCCAACUCGAUUUAAUGUAAAAAAUCCUAAUGCCACGUCAUUAUGUCUAUUUAAUGGAAAGUCACAAUCUCAAGAUGUGAUUAUUGGAGUAAAUGGUGCUUUUUAUAUUAAAAAAGAUAAAUCAGUUUAUGAACUUCCUUCUAUUGGUGAUUAUUAUGAUAUUGGUGGAAGUCAUUCAGUACUUUUAGGUCAAUUUUAUCCAAUAACAUUUCCUAUUUCAAAGUUCCUUGUGCUUCAAUGGAAUUAA